UCUGGCUGAAAAACACGGAAUGAGAACCAAGGUCCGAAAUAUGACGGAAAAGCAUGAGGCAGAUUUAAAAAACUCAACAGAAAACACAGGACUCAGCUCCGUAAAAUCCGUGAGAAACAUGCUGAAGAAACAUCACUGAAAGAUCAGUGUUGUGUACAACUUAACAAAGAUCUGCAACUUUUACAAUCUCAUGCCUGUGCACCACUUGCAGAACAGGCAACUUGUUCUUUAAAUUAUUACACCAAACAGAAGAUUGGGGAACUGGAAGAACAAGUGAGGCUUAUGACGCAAGAGGCUGAAAAAUCAGAGGCCAGGUUCAUUACAAUGGAAGCUCAGUCCAAAUUGAAAAUCAAGAAGAUUGAAGAGGAGCUGGACAAUGUACAGGAAAAGGAAGAACUGGAAACCCUUCAGCAAACAACACAGCAGGAGCGCAGAGAGCAAGAUCCGUCCUCCUGCGAGAAUGAAUUGGCUGAGCUAAGGCAUGGACCUCUUCUUGUCAGACCAGCACCCAGGGAGCAAACCAUUGAAGUGGAAUCAAUCGAGGAAUGUGAGGAGGCUUUGGAGAUAGACCCCAGUGAACAGGUGGUGGUGGCACGGAAGGCGAAGAGACGAGUGAAUUUCUUCAAGCGCUUCUUUACUGCUCGAAAAUGAAGACUUCCCGGACCAGGUCACGCUACUUGGUCUUGGCGUACUUUGCGACACCACAUGUGCUUGUUUACGUGUGCCUGGCGAGGCUUUUGUAGAUGCACUACAGAUGGGAAUGACACCAAUGUAUUUAUCAAAGUUGUUAAUGAGUUGAACACUGACCACUGGUGUAUAAAUGAAUACUGU